AUGUACUUUGCGACAGGCUCAGCAAAGACAUUAGCGAUUGGAGUUAACGAAGAGAUACAGAAUGACUCGAUUAUUGGUAUCUGGGUUAACGUCAGGAGAACCCACUUUGUCGUCUUGAGCAAGAGCGACGUUGCGGUCUGGAGGGUUCGGCCUCCAGUUCUACUCGCUUCGCUGCGUCGAACAUCGGUCUCGUUGGACUCGCAUGGCCACAACCUGCGCGCCUUCUGGUCUCCAGGUGGCUCUAGAAUCGUUGUUCAAACCACGCUGUCGUUCAUCGUGCUCGUAAACCUGUAUCAAACUCCAGACUUCCCACCGUUCUCAAGACUGAGUUUACCGGCUGCAUCACCGAGGGCAUUUUUACCCGGACCAGGGGAGGGAACACCCAUUGAGGGCCUCAUUCUUCAGCUCCAUGGAGUCAUCAGCACUGACGGAAAGUUGUCAUGUCUCUCUCCACGCUUCUCUUACUUUCUUUUCUCCACUCUUGAUCCAGCUGCUGUGCAGCGCAUGCCAUGGCCGGAGAAUGAAGAUUCUACAGCACCAAAUUGGCUUGGGCAUGAGACAUGGCUGCUGGACAAGGAAUGUUUUCCGUGGCUCGAAAACGAAAACGAUGUGACUCUUAUCAGACUUCAUUUCGUCAGAGAGAAUGGAUCAGAAGGAUGGAUAACCAGCGAUGGGAAGGCCUAUCUUACCCAGCAUGUUCAAUCUUUGGCACCUCAGUCCGAAACCCUUCAAAAGUCUGAAGAAAGUCCUGUGGAUGGCUCAGACGAUACAUGGAUCGGCUCCUGUGUAUAUUCACCAUCUUCCCAGGACGAUCCCUCAACCACUGCUCAGUCAUCCCAUGCGAUGGAGAUUGCACUGAAUCCUCGCUUCUCUAUGCUCGCAGUGGGUCUUGUAGAUGGUUCCAUCCUUUACAUCUCUUAUCCAACUGAAGAUGACUCGUCGCUACCUCCAAAGCGGGUAGAGAUACCCGAGACCUCUUUGAGAGGAACCACUGGAAUGGUUACAGCUCUCGAGUGGACCAACGAUGGGUAUGCCUUGGCUAUCGGAUGGGAGCACGGCUGGGCUGUUUUCAGCGUUGGCGGGCGUUGUUUAUCAUGGGUCCUCGGAAUCGACCAUUCUCAUCCUGGAUUGCGUGACAAGUGUAUGCAUGGUGUCUCCACUCUGUUCUGGGGGCCAGGAAACUUUGAACUGUUUCUGGCAUCCAGCGGAACAGGUGGCGAACCGGAGCAAGUCUCCAUCCUUUCAUUCUCCAAGAGUAGCUUUGCAACGCAGCAAACUCCAGACAAUACUCGUUAUGCAUUUCUUAUGCUGGACGAUCGAGUGCUGGUAUAUCGAGGUGCAGAUCAACCAGACAUGUCGGUCAUCAACCCGGAGUCAGACGUAUGGCAAAGCAUCAAGAUUCCUGUUCAGUAUAUUGCUGACAACUGGCCACUACGAUACUCCACAAUCAGUGGUGAUGGCCGUCUCAUCGCGGUUGCAGGACGACGAGGGCUUAUACACUAUAGCAUGUCCUCUGGUCGAUGGAAAUGCUUUGACAUCUCCGCUCAUGAGCAGGCAUUCUUUGUGCGAGGGGGCCUAUUGUGGUUCCAUCACGUUCUUAUUGCCGCAGUCGAGAUGGCAAACAAGAGCUACCAGGUUCAUCUUUAUUCCAGAGAUCAUGAGCUCUCGCCACGAUCUGUUCUCCACACCGAACCUUUUGAUUCACCGGUCAUCACGCUGUCAUUGAUCGACAACUCACUCCUGGUUUAUACCACGAACAAUGAGUUACAUCAUUAUCUGGUGUUACCAACUGCCGAUAGUGUAACUCUACUCAAUUGCGGAAGUAUCUCUUUCGAUGGAGUAGUCGCAUUUCCCAGCCUUGUUCGCGGAAUGAGCUGGAUGAUUCCUGCGUCUCAAAAAAGUUUUGGCGAGGCACAAGAUGACAUGACGACUGCGACAAUCUUUCUUUUGAUAGGGGGCCAACUGGUUCUGCUGAUACCGAGAAAAAAUUCCACACGAGAUGUCCGAUAUGAUCUGAAGAUUCUGGCAGACAGAAUCGAGUUUUGCUGGAUCCACCUGCGAGGAGUAGGCGCACUUGAGAAUUCUCUCUGGGGUUACGACGGAGAAGGGAUACGCAUCUGGCUAGAUGCUCUUACGAUAGAAACAAAACCGGAGUCGACUCCCUCGGUUCACUCCGUUGUCGAAAAUGUCAAGCUGUCGCUCGACUUUUAUCCAUUGUCUGUGCUAAUGGACAAAGGCAUCGUCAUUGGGACAGAGCAAGAGAUUGUUGUGCGCACGUCUCUCCCAGUCGUCAUCUUCCGCUUAGCUACCAGUGUGAGCAGCCUACCCACGAAGAGACAAGUCAAAGAAGCCGUCCAGUUUGCGAACAAUUACCAAAAUCUCGUCUUCUUCUCUCACUCCUUGGAGAUCCUUCUGCAUAGUGUGCUGGAAAGUGAAGAUGAGGUCGAGGAGUCCGAGAGCAUAUUGCCCAUUGUUAUCGAAUUCCUGGAUCAUUUCGAAGUCUCACUCGAAGUUGUGGUGGGAUGUGCAAGAAAGACGGAGAUGACGCGCUGGAAACGAUUGUUCGACGCGGUUGGGGAUCCAAAGGCACUAUUCGAGUCUUGUAUACGGGACAACCGGUUGACCACGGCUGCAUCAUACCUACUCGUCUUACAUAACCUUCAGCAGCUGGAUGAAACGGUAGAGGACGCGAUACGACUGCUAUCCAGGGCGAUGGAAAGCAAGGAUAUAGCCAAGGACUUGAUGCGCUUUUUGAGAUCGACGGAUGAGGACGGGACGGUUCUCAGGAACGUGUUAAAGAUGAUUGGAACCAAAUCUGGCCGUAAAGACUUGGCCGUCUCCAACACGAGCCCGAUGCUCGGGCCUCCCCAAACCAAUCGGAGACAUCAACAGACGCUGUAUACGCACCCAGAGGACGAUGAUGUACGACACAGUCCCAGUGCGUUUCGCCAUUACUCGCAGCCACUAUUGGGCGACGGCCAAAUGCAGCAGCCAACGGUGAAUAGACAGCAUUCAUAUCCUGCUGAUGGCUCUUCUUUCAUGGGAUUUCAGCCUGGCUUACCUGGUUCGACGGUGCGGAGCGUACCGUACUCUGCACGCCAGAGCCGCGAUGCUCGGUCGUAUACUGGUCUCGCAGAAGAACAGAACGAGACUGAGGACGACACUUCGAGUUCUAGUGAUGAAGAAAACUCGGACAGUGGAGUGGCACAGGAAGUGAUCUUCACCCAGUUAUCAAAGGAGCAGACUGAGCGGCUGGAAUGGCAGAUUAUGCUCCGAUCUGUCCUCGACGGUGAUGUUAUCUCGUCCGAAAAGGCCAGAGUCGGCAUCGUAGAACCAGAAUCUGAGGACAUCAACCCAAUUCAGCGCCUCAAGGAUCAGCUCGUCAAAACAGAGGAUGCAUGGCUCACCUUUCGAGCAAAGCUAAGGCGAAGGACGCUGGAUGAGGAGCGAAAACGCGUUGAACACCGUCGACUGAGAUUAACUGAGACAGUGCAUGAAGAUAUCUUGCACUUUGUGUUCAACGAGGAGAGUCCAGAGUCUGCCACCUCGCAGAUAAACGGAUGCCUCCGUCGAUUAGACGCGGUCGAGAGCUUCUAUCCGAACCUCGACGCCCUCUACGCGGAUAAACCGGCGUUCAAGGAGCCCAACUUUAGAAAGCGAGUCGCUGCAAUGAUUGCCUGGGUCAACCUUGCAGGCAUGACGAGUCAGCACGUCACUCUCUUACAGAAGUGGACAGGGAGCAAGAAGCUGGACGUCCUCGCACCAUACACAACAAACGAGGUCCCCAUAAUCGCCCGAAGAUAUCAGCACGAAGACUACUACCUCCCAGAAAUGGCAGAUGCCUCGACAUUUGUGGAAAGAGUACUCAAAGAACACUCUCUUGUUCAAAUAUUCAAGAAACGCGCGCUGAUAGAUGCGGGUGACAUCGUCGCAAGAGCAAAUAAAGUAUUCGGAUCGUACUCUUACGAUUUCGAGAUGAUGAAGCUUCCGAGCCUUAGGGGUGACCUUCAUCAAUUGCUCACAUUCCCUACGAAGCUCAUGCAGGCUUCACUGCGAGUGCAAAUUGAUUACGCCAACCGUGUCCGGGAUAUGGACAUCCUCCUUAUUGACCAAAUGUUGGAGGACUUCAAAGUCUCUAUCAGCGAGGCAUGUGCAAGGAAGGCGGAAUAUACAGAGCUCCUUGAUGGAGGCAAAUUAUUGGAUGACUGUAUCAGCGAGGAAUACGAUACAGUCGUCCUUGAGGCUGUGACAACCUUCUUUGGUUUGUUACACCGCAAGUUGAAGAGUGGGGCUGGCUCUCGUGGCUCCUACUUCCGGGAAACAGAAUUUCUCGACGGCCAAUGGGAUCUUCUGGAACGAGUAGCAUUGUAUAUCAACGGUGGAUCCGUUCUCGUCGCGGAGCAGAUUUGCAUUGUGACCCACCGUCUCAUUGUUCGAAUAACGGACGUCUUUGAUCAUCAAAUCCGAAAACCCACCACGCUCGCAUCUCCCAUCUCCAGAUUUUCUAUGGUCACCAACGCCUCUGCAGACAGUUUCACAAUGGACGAUCACCAUCUUCUGCGCGUUCCACCCGACAGCGAAGAGGGAAAGAACCUUAUAGUCGAGACGUACAUACACAUGCUCGAUGAGGCUAGGGUACGACAUCGUAAGCUGCGGCGCUUUGCCCGUGGCCUUAUGAACCGGUUCAGCAGCUCGGUAGAAUACAACAUGUCCGAACUGAAUGUCGGUCUCUUUAUUGAUCGCUUGGUGGAAACCGGACAUGAACUUGUGUUCGCGGAGAACUAUCAAAGCCAGGGAGUCUAUAUCGUAGCAGCAGGGGUUCUUAGCAAACGAAAGAACCGAAUGGCCGAUUUCUUUAAGGGCGCAUUUCAAGUAUCAGUUCCACAGCAAACGAGUAAUCGAACUCGGAUGCAGCGAGCGGUCUCGGACUUCGAGGCGGAGUUGAAAAAGAAGUCCGAUUCGACUGUUGCAGACACCCGGGACAGUCCAGAAAUCUCCAAACAGGAUCUUACAGAUGGAGAAGAUGGACAACACGAGGAUGACAAGCCCGUCCAAGGCUCCAGUACCACCGCCACAGCAAACGCCACAACGCUCCCCAACUCGACCACAAAGGAUUCUUCCACAGAUGAGUCAGCCUAUCUCCUCGUUUUUCGAACACGUACAUCCUUUUGGUGGCACGGCCGCAUCAUGUUUGGAGUGGAUCUCCCAUUUAAGGAUUUGGGACUGGCGGAUAAUCGACUUCUACUCAUUUCUGAAGGAGGGCAGACUUCUUUGUCCAAAGCAAAGAAACGCUUCGCGGCUCACUUUGCAUACGAUGAUCCAGAGAUGGAGGGUAAAGGAGAAGCGGAUUCCGGAGUGGAGGCACCGCUCCUCGGCACGCUUCCUGUCGAGGUUGACAUGCGCUCACACAUUCCAACUAUCAACAAGGAGCUCGCUCGAGUAACAAGAGCCACCAACCGUCUCGCCCUUAAGAUCCUCGAGUCUAUUCACCCAGUCCGAAAUGCCCUGCGAGGAAUAUCUGGCUUCCAGGAUCUGCUACAGAACUGGUUCUUGUUCGCUGCUGAACAUGCGCACCAAGAGUUCCCGGGACUCGAGUUCAGUAGAUCCCUGACCACUCUCGCAAUUUCUUGGGUGUCGUUUAUCUGCGACGAUUGCGAUGCGACAGACAGGAAAACAUUCAAAUGGGCAGUUACGGCGCUGGAGUUUGCGAAGGACCGAUUAGGGAGCAAUGUCAUUCUCCAACUGCCUACUGAGCAGUUUGUGCUCCUUAGGAAGAAGGUUGCCAUUUGCAUGAGCCUUCUCAUUCGACACUUUGACAUCCUUGGGGCUCGGUCGAGCCAAGAAGCUCGUCAAGCACGAGAACGUCAAGAAGAGGCACGGAGGCAACUUGCCCUCGAAGCCAAGUUGAAGUCAGAGGACGAUCGGUACAACCAAGACCUGGUGUUGCGGGAGGAUGAGGUGCCAAUGCAAAGCUCUGGAUUUAUUUCCACUGCCCCUAUGCGUAGUAUCCGACAGCAUAGCGAGGAGGUGGUGCAGCAAUUGAAUAUGCUAGAUCGUUCGAGGGACGUCCCAGAGGGUCGUGUGCUGGACGACAAUGUCCCUGAAGAUCGAACACUCUUCCUCCUCGCAUCUUCUCAUUCGACUGUCUCCAUCCGAUGGCAGCAGGGGAAACUCAUUGGCAGGGGCGCAUUUGGCUCCGUAUAUCUGGCCUCCAACAUGGAUACAGGCACACUCAUGGCCGUUAAAGAAAUUCAUUUCCAAGAUACGGCUGGCUCGUUGACCAACCUUUACAAGUCGAUCAAAGAUGAAUUGAGCGUCAUGGAGAUGCUUCGACAUCCGAACAUUGUCGAGUACUAUGGUAUCGAAGUUCACCGCGACCGCGUAUACAUCUUCGAGGAGUAUUGCCAAGGAGGCAGUCUCGCAAACCUCCUCGAUCUAGGACGGAUCGAGGACGAAGUUGUGAUCCAAAUGUAUGCCCUCCAAAUGCUGGAUGGUUUGGUCUAUCUGCAUGAGCGCAAUGUCGUUCAUCGAGAUAUAAAGCCAGACAAUAUUCUCCUCGACCAUCGGGGUGUGAUCAAGUUUGUUGACUUUGGCGCUUCGAAGAUCAUAGCACGGAAUCGGACUAUGCAACGCACACGCAAUGUCACCGUGCCCAACACAAACGGCGGCCCAGCGAUCACGGGGAACAGUUUAACCGGGACACCCAUGUAUAUGUCGCCAGAGAUGAUCAAGAAUGACCGCCCUAGUCGCCUCGGCGCUAUGGACAUCUGGGCAACGGGAUGCGUUAUCCUCGAGGCUGCUACAGGUCGCAAACCAUGGAGCAAUCUCGACAACGAAUGGGCGAUCAUGUUCCAUAUUGGCGUCGCCACAAAACACCCACCAUUGCCCGACCCGAGUCAACUAAGCCCAGCCGGAAUCAACUUCAUCAAGCGGUGCUUGAUCAUUGACGGGGUGAUGCGACCCACCGCCAUUGAUUUGCAAAGCGAUCCAUGGAUCCUACAAAUCAAGGAAGCGCUUGCGGCGGAUGAAGAGAUGUCGAGUCGAACUCAGUCGCCUGUGGACGAGAUGGGCAUGAUUCCGCGGCAUGCCGCGAUGCAACAUGAGCUUGAGGUGGAGGCUCUUCAGGACGGAUACACACCAGACAACGAGACUCCCCGAGUCGAGCGCGAGAGCUUCACCGCCUUUGCCAGGUAA